AUGUCCGACAGAUAUGGGUACCAUCGAGAGGGAACACCACAGCAACCCAUCGGUGCUAACCCACUGACCCCACCGACCACUGGCCGUAGGCGACACAGUUGGACGUAUGGGAGUCCGGGCAACAGUCCCUUUGAGCCGUCACCCAAUGAUUGGCUGCCGUCAGCGCUCUACAGUCCGGUCACACCUGAGUCCACAGCCGGCCGUCCAAACAGUCCGCUCACACCAGAGGCACAGGUAUUUGGAGCCACAGGCGGUGAAUCGCCACUACCCGAGACCUCCACCGGUCCGCCACAAUAUGUGCCCACCGGCACAACAAACCCGGACCGGGAUAUUGAGCCACCCAUCCGGCGACUGAAUCGUCUCUACAUGGAAAUUCCCGACGGCUAUCCUAUGGCAGGUCAGGCCAACACAAUAUCGGGUGAGCUAUACCUGAGUAGCGGCGUUAAGCCGGCGCAACAAUUGCGUGACAAAACGGUCCGGGAUUUGGCUAAACUAGAGGGUAAAGGGUUUACCAUCCAGUUUGUUAGGGGCUCAGAGAUUGGUAAGGGCUGUUUCAGCAAGGUGUUCCGGGGCACCUACAACGACCAAAUCAUGAACGUCGGUGAAAGACAGGGCCGACAUCUGGACGCACAGCCGAACCAAGGGUUUGCCGCCAAAUACGUCGAGUUGGCGCCCAAUAGCGCAAGGAAUCUGUAUCUCUACCACGAGUGCGAAAAGCGUAUAUUGAGAGCAAUCAGACAUCCAAACAUUGUCUCCUACAGAGUGGCCAUUAAUUUAGGCCAACGAGUAAUACUUCGCAACGUAUCGGACACCGAGUGCGGCGAUAUUGUCAUCUAUAGGCGCAUGUUUUUGAUCAUGGACUACGCCGACCAGGGUACUUUAUACCAGUUUGGUCUAAAGGGUAAUCUUACCGAUUAUCUAACGGUGCAAUUCACGCGCGAGUUGAGCUCAGCCAUGGCUUAUAUGCACGACAAUGGGGUCGUCCAUCAGGACUGUCACACAAAGAACGUACUGGUGUUCAGCGCACCCGACGGUCAGUAUACGGCCAAAUGGAUUGAUUUUGGUCUGAGUGUGUCAUGGUCGGUGUAUGGCAAAUUGGGCGUGGUGAUUUCUGCCCAGGAGCUGUAUUAUAUGGCCCGGGAUGAUAUCAAGAAACUGGCCGAGAUCAUUCAUUACAUGACCGACAAGUGUAGCACCAAUUAUAUGAACAAAGGCAUCGAUUUGACAGCACUCAACGACUUGGCCAAUGAGUUGUCUGACGCCCGGCAACCGCUCCGGGAUGUGCUCAAAAAUUUAUACAAAAAAUGCAUGGCUUAUAUGCACGACAAUGGGGUCGUCCAUCGGGACACUCAUACAAACAAUAUACUGGUGUUGAGCGCACCGGGCGGUCAGUAUACGGCCAAAUGGACAGACUUUGGCCGGAGUUUAUCAAGACCGAUUUGCCACCAAUUUGGCCUAGAGGUGUCGCCGGAUGAUUGGAUUACCAUGGUCAGGUGGGAUGUCGAUGGACUGGUAUCUGUGUUGUACUUUAUGGCCAACAGGACUCAAAUCGAUGCUAUGAAUACUAGUGCCGACCUGACACGGGUCGUGGCGUUGGCCCGAGAGUUGUCCACAAAUCAGCUACAGUUGUCGGAAGUGCUCAACAAAUACUAG